UCACCCAUACCAUCAACUGAGACUGUCUGCAGACCAAUAAUUAUUAUGUCAGACAUAUUGUCCAUUGUCGGGUUCGCUCUGACGGCCGUCUUCUCCAGCCUGCGCGUCUUCGCGAUAUGCAACAGGAGCCAUUUCUUGUCACUGUCUGUGUUCGCACUGAGCAUGGUUCCAUUCGUGUUAAACCUGGUGAACUUUACCAAAUCGCAAUAUAUGUCUAUCUCGGCACCCUUUUUUGGCAUAGAGUGCGUCGGGGAGACAUCCUUAUCUGCGCGAACACUCACCAUGUUCGUGUGGACUAUCCGUGUCUCACUCGUCCUCGCCGACGCGAUUGUGCUAAUUUCGACCUGGACUCGGACAUUCGGACACUGGAGGCAAGCACGGCGUGCGGACGUCUCGGUGUCGCUGACGGCAUGCUUGCUGCGCGAUGGAACUGUCUAUUUUGUAAUCCUUUUAGCGAUAAAUAUCACCCAGCUGGCGACCGUCAAUACUACUGCGGACGUGGCCCCCCUGACCCCGUUCAUCACUAUCGUGCCCCUAGUACUCAUCAAUCGCUUCAUGAUCAACCUACGUACGGUCGACACAGAUCAAUCAGAGACCUCUGAUAAAAGCAGCUUGGAUCAUGGGUUGUCGACGCCGCACUUUAGAAGGUCGACGGAUUUCUUGGGGAAUCUUGGUGAGACGCUGCAUGAUGGCUGGGAUGGCAACCUUCAGGGGGACAGCCUGUCAGGAGGGGAUGAUGCAUAUUCUGGCGAGAGCUACGCGCUAAGCGAAAGGGCUGUACACAUGGAGUAAUGCUGGACUGAUUUUGACCGUAUCAUUUCGAGGCCAAAGUAUACCC